AUGAGUGCUGUUCGUAAGAAACAACUGAAAAUAUUCGAAGAUUUGACUAUAUUCGAACAACAAAUCUUAUGUCAUACAUUGCCAAAAGCAUUUGAUGAUAUUCCAAUAGCUAAAUAUCAAAAUUUAUUUGGAAACGAAGCUAAUAAAAUUAUGCAAGAAUUAAAACGUCGAAAACUUAAUGAUCACUUGAAAAAAUAUGAAUUGAAACUGAAACAUUAUGAAAAUUUGUAUCAAACGGAAAUCAAUACGUUUGAGUCUAAACUUAUACAAAUAAGUUCAGAUCAUGAAGAUACUCAAUCAAAUAUUUUGAUGACCUUAUUGAAAUGA